CUUCCAACGCGGAUCUUGGAUUUGGGAGAAGGUAGAGACUGCCAUGUCAUCCACCUCAUUGAGAGCACCGGGGCUCGAGGCCUUUAUACUGCUCUCAGCUACUGCUGGGGGCCUCCAGACCACUGGCCCCUUCGCACCACAAAUGACAACUUGCAACAGCAUAAAAACGGAAUUGCCAUCGAAAGUUUGGCAAAGACAUACCGAGACGCUAUUACGGUCACCCGCAGUCUUGGAAUACGAUAUCUUUGGGUUGAUGCCCUAUGCAUCAUUCAGGGAGAUGCUUGCGACUGGAAAAACGAAUGUGAGCUCAUGGGCCAGUACUAUGAGAAAGCGCACCUGGUAAUCGCGGCAUCUGGGGCCCUCAACCCUGCCGAAGGGUGUUUCCUCCCUCUUUCAUGCUUUGGAGACGGUCUCCUUCUUCCAUUCUAUUCGGAAGGGGCCGUGGUUGGUUCCUUUAAGAUAGAAUUAGAGCCCCCGCCUGAGAGUCUACAUCCCUCGUUUACCCCCCUGGGAGAUAGAGCGUGGGCCACCCAGGAGUGGUGGCUGUCUCGAAGGAUUGUUCACUUCGUCGCGGGCACUGUGAUCUGGAGUUGUGUAAGCUCAGAGGAAUGUCGAUUUGGUGUAUCUCAAAUUGGCUACCCAGUGGAUAUGCACAUAUAUCCAGACUGGCUGUGGCUUGUAUCUGAGUAUUCACGACGAUCGCUUAGCCAUGUCACCGACCGCCUUGCAGCCAUCCAAGGGCUUGCCAACGAGUUCAAGAAGACCCGACAAGACGACUAUGUGAUGGGGAUCUGGACAGGAGAACUUCCAACGGCCCUUCUAUGGAAGGUGCGUAAUGACGGAUGGGAUUAUAGUCGGCCUGAUGACCUAUCUAUCUUCCCUUCUUGGAGCUGGGCUUCU